GCGAGAGCAGAGAGCAUGUCGGAAUUUGUUCAAUGAAUUAUUUUGUGUUUUCGUUUUUCGACGUAGAUUUCUGUUUGGUCUCCUUUAAUCCAAUAUCGUCGGAUAGAUAGUUUCUCCUGUUUGCCAUAGAUUAUUAUUAUGGUUUUUUUACCUGUUUCUUAAUUGUUACUGUUACGUUGUAUCUAACUAAACAUGUCUCGGGUGAAGACCACUAACACAGUAUUUGUAGAGAUCAGCAAUGGUUUUAACCUUAAUUUCACUGAGGAAGAAAAGGUGGAGUUGCCAGAGCUAGAACGGAAUAGUGUUCUUAUUCAAGUAAAAGCUUGCAGUCUGUCUAGCUGGCUUCAUUGCUGCAGCAAUGUAGGAAAAGAUCCUGCAACCGCAAUUUUGUAUCAAACCAUUAGCAAGAUCAAUGGCUCUUCUAACAAAACUUGCAAGUUGCCUGCAGGCCAGGAUAUAUCUGGUAUAGUUAUGGCUGUUGGCGAAGAUGUAACUACACUUGCCAAAGGAGAUUAUGUUGUGGGUAUAAUCCCGUUGGAUUAUGGUCAAUCAGGUUGCUCAGAUUUUGUCAUUCUUCAAGAAUUUGAUGUUGUUCACAUGCCUGAUGGGGUAAGUUUUGUGGAUGCCGCUGGUUGUGUGGGUGAUGCUGUAAAAGCUUACAUUGCUUUACAUUACAUGGGCCGUUUGGGCGGUUCUGAUGAUACAGUUAUGGUGCUACAUGGUGCUACGUCGUUAGGAUCAACUUUGCUUCAGCUUGCUCAUCAUUGGGGAGCGAGAGUAAUGACAAGCUGUUCUUCAAACGAUGAAAAAACCUACAUUCAAAGCCUUGGUGUUCCAUUAUUACAAGUUGUAGAAUUAAAUGAAAUAAACCAAAGUUUAAAGUCAGCAUGUAAUGCUGAAACUGGCAAUUUGGGAGUCAAUAUAAUUAUUGAUACUAUAGCCUCACAGCCAACACAAGUGGACUCAAACAUUAUUGAAGAGGAGAAGAUUGAACCAUUAGUAAGACCCAGUAAACAUGAUAUCAUAUCUUGUCUAGCUGUUGGUGGCCGCUGGGUGACCUGUGAACCGAACCUUCAGCUGGACCCCCCAAACUCCAAAUUAUUAUUUUUAAGAUGUGCAAGUGUUGGGUUCUUGUGCGAACAAGCUUGGAUGCUGUCACAUGCUCAACAGGGGCGGUAUCAACAUAUUCUCAUGGAUAUAAUGCGCAAAGUCGUUACAGGAAUUAUUCGACCUAACAUUCAUCACACUGUGACCUUUGAUGGUGUGAAAGAUGCCUUGAAGCACUUAUCCAAGAUACGAGUGGGGAAGGUUGUGUUGACUUUUUGAUCUGCUCAACUCAGCUCAAUGUGUAGCUUGUGAACCAAAUGGUCCAAUCAUUAAAAUUUUCAUUUAACCAUA